AUGACCAUGCCAUCACUAACCAUUAACGACGCGGACAUCCCAAGACUCGAUGGAGAAGUUGCCAUUAUUACCGGAGGCGCUUCAGGAAUCGGAUUGGCAGCUGUUAGACUUCUAGCUGCAAAAGGUGCUCAAGUGUUCGUCCUGGAUCUCACUGAACCAGAUGCCAAUACAAUACCCUCGCCACCUGAGGGAGAGCCGGUGUUGCCAGAAAAAGCCAAGUUCAUCCGUUGCGACGUCACAUCAUGGACAGAUUUGCGCAAUGCUUUCGACCAGGCUAUAUCUGAGGCAGGUCGUAUCGACAUGGCGAUUUCUAACGCUGGCGUAUCUGAAGAAUACGACUACUUUUCGGAUCAAUUCAAUGAGUCAGGAAAGUUGCUUGAGCCUGCUUUUGGAGUUAUUGAUGUCAACUUUCGCGCGGUUGUCAACUUUGUGAAGUUGGCGGUCAGCCAGAUGCGACAGCAGAGAAAGGCCGGCGAUGAGACGACAGGACGCAUUGUCAUUACGAGUAGCGCGACAGCUUAUGCACCGGAGCAUAACCUACCAGUCUAUAGCGCUUCUAAACUUGCCACCAUCGGACUGAUGCGCGGUCUCCGUUCCACUCUUAUCAUGGACGAUAUCACCAUCAACGCCGUCGCACCCGCAGCAACAAUUACCAAACUGCUCCCACAGGACCUCGCAAAGCCGCUCAUGGCUGCCGGACUACCCGUGAGUUCAGCCGAGUUUGUCGGUCGCGCUCUGGUCUACUCUGCGACGGCUCAGCAGGAUAAGCGCGUUGAAGAUUACGGGAAGGAUACGCCGGCCACUGGUGGCAAGGGCAGGUGGAAUGGCCGAACGAUUCUUACUUUGGGUGAUCGGUAUACUGAGUUGGAGGAACCGUAUGCUGAGCUUAGGCGAUAUUGGUUUGGGUGGGAGAAUACGACACUUACCAGGGCUCAGCAGGCGGCUACGGACUUUAGACAGUUUUGA